AUGUAUCCCAACACGCGAAAACAAUCCAAGUGGCUGAGCUUCAGCGAGGACGGUCUGUACCUGACCGUGUACCGCCAGCGCGCGCCUGGGGACGCUCUGCUGCGGCUGAGUAUUCAUCUUCCUGCGCGCCGCCCGGCUCAGCCACUGCACCGCCCCGCUCAGGCCUCGGCUUUCCACGCCCGGGUGAUGGUCUGGUUCCCAGGAGGCGCCUUCCUCGUGGGCUCCGCUUCCACGUACGAUGCCUCUGAACUGGCCGCCCGCGAGAAAGUGGUGCUUGUGCUGCGGCAGCAUAGGCUCGGCAUACUGGCCUUCCUGAGCGCGGGCGACACGCAGGCCCGCAGGAACUGGGCGCUGCUGGACCAGGUGGCGGCUCAGCGCUGGGUACAAAAAACCAUCGCAGCCUUCGGUGGAGACCCAGGCUGCGUAACCCUGUUUGGCCAGUCCUCGUGGGCCAUGUCUAUCUCGGGACUGAUGCAUGUGCAGAUGUGCGUGUACAGGACCAUGCAGGUCCACAGACCUGCCCUCACCCCGGCCAAGGGUACCACUCUGGCCAGGGUGGAGGAGAAGGCGCUGAGCCUCCAAAUGAUGAAAUACAGGGCCAACUUUGCCCAUACAGGAAACCCCAAUGUUGGGAAGCUGACCUACUGGCCACAAUACAACAAGGAAGAGAAGUACCUGUGGAUGGAUUUCACCAUGAGGGUGGGUGUGAAGCUCAAGGAGGAGAAGAUGGCCUUUCGGAUGAGACUGCACCAGCAUGGAGGACCUGAGAAGCAGAGGCAUUUUUGA